AUGUACCAGGAGGUCGCCUUCGCCGUCGCCUCCGUGGAGGCCAUCAACAAGGAGGUCGCCUUCGCCGUCGCCUUCGCCGUCGCCUCCGCGGAGGCCGUCUACGAGGAGGUCGCAGUCUCCUCCAUCCAAGAAGUUGCAGUCUGCUCCCUCCGUGAGAUCGGCAUCUCCUCCGUCCAGCAGGAGGAAAUAAGCGCCAAAAACUCUAGCAAUUCCCAGCAUCGGCAGACAAUACAUCUUACAGGACCAAAACCUUAUUCACAAGUUAGUUAUGAGCAGAGAAACCUAGAGACUGGUGAAGAGCCAGAUGGUUUGACAUUUUGGAGCAGUACACGCACCAAGGAGGGUCGAUGGUCUUCUGAUGCUGCUAAGGAAAUAUAUGAAAGCGCCUUCUCUAAAAUGACAGAGAGAAUUGAGUUGGAAGCUUCUGUGAUUUCGAAAGAACAAGAAAGGCGCAUUCUUCAUGAAACCUACAAGAAAACCACUGGAUGCAAGAGCAAAAAAGGUCCUGGACAUGGAUACUUGGCAAAGUAUCCGACCCGAAGCCAACUUAUGAAUGAACAAAUUGAAGAGCAAACUCGUGCAUCUGCAUUAGCAGCAGCAGCCCAACAGAAGAAUAGUGAGAUGCAAGCUGAGGUAGAUAGCUUAAAAGAACAGCUUACCGUUCAAGCCGCUGAGACAGUGAAAGACAAGGAACAAAUUGAGCAGCUGCAACAUCAACUGGAGAGUACAACUAGCAAGAUUAGAGAAGAACUAAGGCAAGAGCUUUUUUCACUAAUCAAACAACAAAAUCAAGCACCGCCUUUGAAUGUUGCACCAACCACAACAGUCCCUCGGCCUGUAGAAGCAGCCACUAAUCCUUCAGAAUUACCAACUAAUGCUACUGGUAUUGAAAAUAUGGUUAGUGGAAAUGAAGGUGCAGAUUUAGCACAGGCUGGUAAAGAAUCUACCCUGUCCACACUUGAUGAACCUGCUGUUGUUCCCAUCCCAUCCAAGGAGCAGAACAUGUGCAAAAGAAUAUAGCAGACAAUGUAUUGUUGAGCAAACAGAACAAUAUCCAACCUACUAGUCGCCUCACUCGCAGCCAUGUCAACAAAUCACUUUUCGCAGGUGAAAAAGAUAAAGAUAGUAAUGAGACAGUGACAUUUAUUUCAGCACAAACACUUAGGAAUACUGCUGCAAAUAAAAAGCAAAACUUCAGAAAGAAAUGAAGAAAGGAAGAUCAACCUUGAGUCUUGCCAAGCUGAAAUGAAUCAAAUAUUGUGCAACAAGAAAGAUGUCAUAUUUAUCUGUGCUAAGAGACAUGUUUUUUGUUGUUUAUGAUUGCUUAUUUGUAGCAUAAGUUAGUGGUUUGUAAUGCAGUUUAGCCUUGCAAUUACCUAUUUGGAAAUAGGAAGGCAUUAGACUUCCUUACAUUGUACAAACUAUUGAAUGCUUAUGAUCCAAGUUAUUAAUAUGAUUGACUUUUUGUGC